CAGAGCAAUCCUGAGGCUGCGUGCCAGUUACAAGCAGUAGGAGGGGAGGCCGAGAAGCCGCGAGACUUGAGUUAUUUCCCGAGACGCACCUGGUUCCGAGAGCCUUAGAGAGUCCAGGAUUAGCAGGACCCCAGGACUUGAAGCCACAGGACCCCACAUGGAACCAAGAACCUCUUGUCAAGCUGCUACACCCUUGGUGGAGAAAAAAUUCCACAUUCUUGUGGGUGUCACUGGGAGUGUUGCAGCCCUGAAGUUGCCUCUUCUGGUGUCAAGCCUUUUGGACAUUCCUGGGCUGGAAGUCGCAGUGAUCACAACUGAGAGAGCCAAACAUUUCUACAGCCUUCAGGACGUUCCCGUCACCCUCUACAGUGAUGCUGAUGAAUGGGAGAUGUGGAAGUGCCGCUCCGACCCAGUUCUCCACAUUGACCUGCGGAGGUGGGCGGACCUCAUGCUAGUGGCUCCUCUUGAUGCCAACACCCUGGGGAAGGUGGCCAGUGGCAUCUGUGACAAUUUGCUUACCUGUGUCAUCCGGGCCUGGGACCGCAGCAAGCCCCUGCUCUUCUGCCCGGCAAUGAACACCGCCAUGUGGGAGCACCCCAUCACCGCACAGCAGGUAGCCCAGCUCAAGGCCUUCGGCUAUGUCGAGAUCCCCUGUGUGGCCAAGAAGCUAGUGUGUGGAGACCAAGGUCUGGGGGCCAUGGCGGAGGUCGGGACCAUUGUGAACAAAGUGAAAGAAAUCCUUUCCCAGCAUGGAGGUCUCCAGCAGAGUUGAACCUGAGAUUUCUGUCUGUGUGUCCUACUGCACUCAGCAUGAUUUCAGGCCAAGUCAGUGAGGAAGAUGGACAUUGGUACGAUAAGGUGAAGACUCCCACACCUGCUGAGUAGGUUUGGCCUGCCCUGCCCCAGGUUAAACUGGACCCAAGGCCCAGGUCCUGACUUCUUUUAAUAGGAGACACUUUCUGAAGCCCCUCCUGACCUUCUCCUUUGAAUACAGCAAACCAGGGUGGGAACAGGUGUUGGAAUGCCUGAUCUUGUCCCUGGGCUCCUGGGAAGAGGACUGAGUCACUGAGAAACCUUGAUUCUGCAUCUCAUCCAGGAAUUGCUUUUAGAAGCAGCCCCAGCAGGAGAGUCCCCAUGUGGCAGGACCCUGGCCAGGCUUUGGAGAUGUUAAUAAAAUAAAAUGUCAGAAUUGGCUUCACCAUAAAGGACCCCUUUCUGAGAAAGGAUUUUCCAAGGAGGCAAAAACAGCCUCCAGGGGCUUUCUGAGAAAAUGGAACAAUGAAACACACCCUACUGAACUGCAGAUAAGCAGCACCUGGUGAUAAGCCAGUUUCAAUCCAGUUGAGAUAGCUGACCAGAUUGGACAUACCAUGAUAACCAAUGUGUGUCUGCUCCCCACUCUGUAAGACAGCCGAAUGUAUGAUGGAAACUUAACAUCAACCAAUCAGCCAAUCGGAACCUUUCCUUGCUUGCUUCUAUGUUCCCCCUAUAUGAGCUUCCCCUUUCCACUCCCUCAGUGGAGCUCCUGUCUACUUUCCGGGUGCGAUGCUGCCCGAUUGAUGAAUUGCUCAAUAAAGCUGUGAGAUCCUAAA